UUACCCUGUAUACUAGAAAAUCGCGCCGGCCAUUGCGCGCUCGUGUUUUGGUUCUAAAAAGAUGGCGGACUCUUGUUUUCAAGAUCGGUCACAUAGAAAUACGAUAGUUUUCAGAUACCCAGCGAAAGUUGACAUGUUACGUGUAUAAUAAUACCGAGUGGAUGACAUUAUCGUUGCGACGAAUUUACUGGUGGAAUCGAAGAAGUUUCAUUGAGGUUCGUAAGCGACGUGAAAGCGGUGUCUUUAGCGUGCAUAUUAGGCGAACUCCGAAGCGAAGUGAUUUUCAGAAAUUUCGGUUGUUUUCUGUGCGAAACAGAGUUCGACGAAUUGGAAAACGUUAUCGGGAUAAAAAGGAUAAGAUGGUUUGAUUCGAAUGAACGUUCACGAGGUUUAAUAACCCGACGAUCGACAUAGUAGCGAUUCUUACUUGGUUAGGUUGAUUGUCUAAGUAUAUAGACAUACCUAUGAUAGCAGAACAAAGUUCCACGUGUUCCUCUCGGUGGUUCACGUUAAAACGUGACGUUGGAUUAACCUUGUAAACAUCACGUUAAAUGUGUUAUUCCAAUCUAUAAUGGCGUCAAGUGAUUUUGAUGUGGAGCUCUUCGAACGAAGACUUCACACAUUGAAAGAUUCGCAGGAGUCAAUACAAGGACUUUCUGCUUGGUGUUUGGAGAGGAGACAGCACCAUAAGAAGAUUGUUGCUACCUGGUUGCAAGUUCUUAAGAAGGUAAAAGUUGAGCACCGUCUUACACUUUUUUAUCUGGCAAAUGAUGUUAUACAAUACUCCAAGAGAAAAAAUUUUGAAUUUGUGGAAUCCUGGGGCACAACUCUGCAACGAGCAACGACCAUGGUUAGAGAUGAGAAAGUGAAACAUCGUAUAUUAAGGAUUUUUAAAAUUUGGGAUCAGAGACAAGUAUAUGAUGAAGAAUUCUUGGCAGACCUAUCCGGAUUAAUUUCAGCAGCUCCAAAAAAGAAAUUAGAACCCCAGCCAACAGUUCCUCCAGAAGAAUUUCAAGCUGCUUUACUCAUUUCUACUAUGAGAUCAUGUGCUACACUAGAACAAGCAACUGAUGCUCGAUUAAGAGAUUUACGUGACAGCAAUAUAGAUAUAGAGAAUGCAGAAGAAUUAUGUGCUUCUUUGAAAGAUAGGAGAAGGGUUGAAGAUGCAGAAAAGGAAGUGGAUUUGGCAGUUAGAAAUGUUGAAAAUUAUGUACGUGCAUUGGAGGCAGAAAUUAGAGAAAGAACUCAAGUACUUGAGCUGUUAGAACAGGCUGAUCAAUUUUAUGAAACUCAAAGAGGUGAAGUGAAAAUAGUUACUAAUGCAUACAGAAAUUUUGGUAGUCGUGUAAAAAAUUUGAAGAAAAAAUUGGACGAGCUUUUACCAACAUUAGUUUCACCAAUUCCAUCACCAGACAUAAAUGCUCCAUCUCCAAGUCCUGAUAGUGAUAUAGAACUUCCAGGAGAAGAAAAUCAAUCUCAAAAUCAGUUAGGAGUUAUAGAUGUAGCACCACCAUCUAUGUAUGGUUCAUAUUCUCAUGAGUAUGAUCCAGUACCUGUACCAGCUCCAGAAAUGGGCCAAGGAAAUGAUUCUGGUGAUUUUACUAAUAAUUUUUCAUCUUUUAUGGGAGGAAAUGUGGAUUUUGGUAAUAUGCGAAACAUAUUUAAUGAAAGAUCGUUAACGCCUACUGGAAUGUCACAGCAGUAUAACGAAUCAUUGGAGGCUAAACCAAUAGAAGUAAUCAACAUGAGGCCCUCCAAAAAUGAAAGUAAUAGUGCAGAUUUUAAUAUCUCUAGUUUUUUAAAGACUGUUCUUCCUUCCUCUGAUGGAUCUCAAGAUCCUGGUGGUAUUCCUGGUCUUGGUUUAGAUAUUCCAGAAUCGCGAGUAGAAUCUCCACAGCGUUCAAAUUAUAGGCACUCGCCUAUACUAGGGCAGCAUUCAGUAACCCCUGUGAUCUCAAGAAUUAUGGGAAAUCAAAACACAUCUAUUGGUGUGAAUAAUUGCCCUAUAACCCACAGUACUCCAUUACCUGUUCGAAACUUAUCCGGCGAGUCGCAUACUCCUUCACCGUAUUCCAGUCAAAACAGCCAGAGUAACAUUACUGUACCUUUCGAUGGCCCGACUAAUAAUAAUACUGUUAAUCCUUUACCACCUCCACCAUUACCUCCACCAAUUUUUCUCGACGAUGAAAACUGUUAUAAUAAGUUACCACCUAAGUUUCCAACGUGGACACCUACGAGUGAAACUAUGAAAGAACCAGCCAAAUGGGAGGAAAAGGGUUCCGUAAUAUUUCCAGGAAAAAAUAGCAUGAAUCCAACUUGGCCUGGUGAAUGUGACGAAAAAUCAAAAACCUGGAUAGAUGGUGAUAUGGAUAGAUGGGAUCCUAGUAACGAAACUACGUGGACUAAUACUGUUAGAGGGAAAAAUGAAAUUUUAUCUGAAACACCAGAGUCACCACCCAUGUAUGAGAAAGCUGGAUUUACAGAUCCAGUUGAAUAUGAUGACUCUCAACCACAAGAAUCUCUUUUAAGUACUGCUGGAGAUGUGGAUCAUAGAGUAAUACCUAUUCCGAUAACGGUAGAGAAUCAAUUACCAUAUCGUUUGAUGAAAGCAGCGGAUGUUGAUCAUCGAAACUUGAUUAGUUUAACAGGAAGUCCGGCAAAUCAUAAUGUCAACGACAAUUCUAUGAAUGCGUUAGCUAACAGUAACAACUUGUGGUCCACAGGCGAUCAAGAUUAUCGGCAACACAUGCAACCAGGCGAUAUUGUGGAAAGCGUCGACAUGGAAAUGUCGGACGACGAGACUGACAGUAAGCCAAAGGGAAGGGUUUUAGUUGACGUUCGAUCACAAGACAGGGAUAUGAGAGUCGGUAAUCAAUCAGCGACUUCACAGCACAUGGACAUGGACAUGCGAAUGAUUCCGCUUCCCGCGGGUCAAAUGCCAGGAUCUCACGGACAAAUAAUGCAAGACGUGCACAUGAUGCAUUCAGGGCCUCUUCCGCCCCCACCUCCGCCACCCCAGUUUCAUCCAGGCCAACCAUCAUUUCAUCAAGAUCAAACAGACUUUCGACAUAAUCCCGCGGAAUUUCAUCCAGCUCAAUCAAAUUUUCAUCAAAACAGGCCACCGCCAAAUUUCAUCCAAAACCAGCAAGAUUUUCCACAAGAAUUUCAUCAAAUGCACCAAACUCAGUCGGAAUUUUCAAAGCAAGAGUUUGAGUAUCGUGAAAAUCACGCGUUACGACCUAAUCAGGAGUUCCUUGGUGACCCACAAAUGCGUGGCAGGUACUCCCAAUCAACGGAGCAUCAGCACAGAGAUAUCGGUUUUCAUCGGAACGACCGAGGAGGUCGAGGUGGUCGUGGUUUUCCAAGGAACCGACGAGACAGAUACUCGGAUGAUCACAAACAAAGGAACCUUCAAAACAGUCGCAAAUCUCGAUCGCAAGAGCAACAUCAAAGGUCGUCCCCAGAAAUUUUACCAAACAGUCGCCCUUUACUGGUACCAGCACCAGACACUGUUGUCAUUCUCGACGAAGAUGGCAUGCCCAUAGGACUGUCCAACGAAAACAAAGCGCCAACGAAUGCAGAGCAUCUUCCAGACACCGAACAAGAAGAAAACUGUCAAGAUCGUAGAUUACCACACGGCACACCAAACUCACGGAGCCUCGACCAGCAAUCUGUAUACUCAAGUGGUUCGAAUCUUCAGGAACACGAGUCUGAAACUCCAAUUAUGGAGCCAGAUGAACAACAAGCAAUGAAUCAAGUGACUGUUGUACCCGUGAUAACGGAGCCUAAAGACUCGCAGCACAAUCAAUAUGUUCCUGUCUCAGAAUAUGAAGAACACAUCGAACCAGAAGCUGUAAUCUCAGAAAAGACCUGUGACAGUAGCGAAUCUAUUGAAAAUACGGGUCAAGAAAUGAAUCUGCCUGAGCAGUCGCAACAGCAACAUAUACCAGAUCAAGUGGACGAUCUUGGAAAUUCAACACCAAGCAACGAAUUGAAGAGACCGUCGACGAAUGGAAGCUUCGACGAGAACGAUGUUAGCUGUAGUAAAAAGAGGAUCGUGUCGAACGGACCGCAAACACCGACAGAGUCCGACGCCGGUUUGAACGGGCCGAUACCACAGGUCUCGGCGGAGUCACAUCAAGGGAUGUACGAUUUCGACGGUCCCGUUGGGCCGAACUUCCGACCGCGUCUCGGUGGUCCGGUUCCAUUUCCUCCUUGGAGGGGUGGUCCACCCCGGGGUCGGGGUUUCAGGGGUGGUCCAAGAGCUCCUUGGUUGGAGAGGGGACCUCGUGGACCUGUGAUCGGUAACUUCAUGCCGAGGGGACUGAAACGCGGUGGACAAUUUAGGGGUAACGGCUUCAGAGGUCGGGGACGUGGUAACAAUUGGUAGAAAGUGCAUGAAUUCUCUCUAUUAAGAAGGAUAAAAAGGAAAACAAGAAGGAAAGAAACUUUCGCUGCAGUUUUUGCCAAGGAAGGAAUAUACACUGUUUUUGAAAAAUAAGAAAGAACGAUCGUUUUUUUGUAUUCUGUACAUACGUAUUAAUUACUGCGUGAAAAAAAGAAACCCACUGUGGAAUCGUCACAUAGGGAGAUCAUUGUGUGCAUCUCUGGACGUAUAGACGGGGGAAUGGGGUUAAGAGUUGCUGUGAUCCCAGACGAGGUGAUUUCCCUUGUCGGAGAUUCACACUUCUUUGUGCGAUUGAUUCGCCUAUAUACAUAUAUAAAUAAAACUACAUAGAUAAUAUAGAUAUAAAGGAUGUACACGUACAUAUAAACGCAUUCUCUCUCUAUCUCUUUUUCUUGCUCCGUCUCUACAUGCUCUUUGAAGAAACUUGAUUCGAUUUUCAGAUACAUGUACACGCGUUUAUUACAAAGUACUAGAUGUAUUGUCGAAGCGGGACCAUCAACGUUACAUUGAUACAACUUUGUCGUUAGCACUUCCAAUCAGUGCUGUUACAAAUAUUGAUGGAACAAGGGACAUUAUACAAUGGUGUGCGUAUCGUCGACGGUUGUCGCUUCGGUAAUGAUCGAUAUUUUACCUCCUAGGAUUUUAUGUAAGACAAAAGAAACUUCUGUUUUACGUACAUAUGUGUUAUUACAAGUACAAGCAAGGUGAAAAAAGAAAGAAUAUUUAUAUGUCAGGUGGGUUGACCUGUAAAAAUGAUUUUGCUUUGGCGUUGAUACUUUUAGCCUUUAAAGGUGAAUGUUACGUGUCGAAACGAGAAAAGCAAAAAACGAAGAAAAGGAGAGCAGCUCUAGGCCUUUAGAAUUCGUUUCACGGAUCGCUUCUCUUUAUUCACUUGCCUAUUAACCAGAAAUAAAACGCUAAUUGCCUGUUUUUCUCCGCCUGUCCACAUUUCUAAUCGUUUCAUCGAGGCUCGUUUAUAAACAGGCAUGUCAAAUGAAUCUUCAAAGUGUAUUAAUAAAAAUGCAAUGUUUAUGUUCUGGUCCACUUCGUACAUUUCCCCCACUUUUUUCACGAGUAAUAUACAUAAUACAUAAUAACAUGUGUUCAUUUCGUUUUUUUUUGCGAGGAGAGCUCGAAUCUGAAUGAAAGAAAAAACGGAAACGAAUGUUAUAUUGUCAAGACGAAAGCGCGAAGUACGUUAGAUAUAAGAGCAGGUCGUUAUUGAAUAUAUUACAAUCCAAUAUCUCACAAUCAUUUUUAUUUUGUUCUUGUUUUUCCUAUUGCGAAGGAACAAAGACCAUUGAACGAAAAAAAAAAGAAAAAAGAAAUGUGACGAAUGAGUUCCGUUGACGAUGAUUCGUUUGCCUGACCAACCCGUUUUCUUUUCAUUUCGUUUCUUCUUUUUUCAUCCACUGCGUUGAAUGUUUUCGAGCGUUUCUCAUCUGCGACAAAAAAGGAAAAUAGAUAAGUCGAUGGAGUUUUUUUUUUACAAAGAAUUGUAAAACUAUUUGUGUAUAUAUAUAUAUACGUAUUUAUAUAUACACAAAUAGUUUUACAAUUCUUUGUAUAUGUAUGUAUAUAUAUGUAUAUAUAUAUACAUACAUCCAUACAUACAUACAUAUACGUAUUUACAUAGAUACACUGUGAUUGUAAAAACAUCAGUAGUUUCUUUAUUAGCUAACUUUAAGUUUCUUUUUAUGUAUCUUGAUUAUUCGUUUUACGAAUCUCAUCGCUCGAUUGUGGAUGUUUACGUAUUUACAUGUUUAUGUAUUUGUGGGAAAUUUAUGGAUGCAAAAGUGUACAAGAUGUGUAAAAAUAUAUAAAAUAUCCAAAGUAAGGUAUUUGUUACAAUAUUUAGUGAAUGAAACAAAUUUAAUUACAAUAUUUAAUGAAUGAAAGAAUUUUGAAUAAUUUACAUAAACAUUUAUAAUCUACUACUCAUCACAAAAAAGAAUUUUUGUGAAAAAUGAUAUUUUGAAACUCGGGUAGCAAGCAAACGAAUCAUUGUCUUGAAUAAAAAUGAAAAAUACAUGUAGAUAUCGGUAGCGAAAUGCACAGGAAUUAAGUGUAGCAAGAUAAAUCCUUGGAAAACUAAUUGACUGUUUAAUAAAACAUUGCAAUUUACCGAGGACCUUGCCAGCACUCGACAAACCGUACUCCUGUUUAACGUACAUUGUAUUUUUUUCGUACCUAUUUGUUUAAAGCAUUCCGUGAUAAAGAAGAAAGAGAAAUGUUUUAUUUUCUCUACUUAUAAUGGAAGAUAGUAGAGGAACUAAAGCGCGGCUAUCCAUUGCUUUCUUUUAAAGAUCCGUAAGUUCGAUCGCGACAUUGUGAUUUUAUGUAGAUCCAUAGUUCUUUCACUCUUUCCUCUGUUUGAUCAAUUUUUUCUUUUAUUUUCUAUUAUCCUUAUUUUAAUUAAUUUACAUAUAUUAAUCAUUUUUGUUUUAUCUUUUUUUUUAACAGACCCAAGGUACUUACAGACUUAUAGAUCAUUUUAUUUCAUGUCUUUAGAAACAAUCUCCUUUUCCUUCUAUUUUUCACUUUUUAUUUUAGAAACUCACAGACGAAGGUAUAUGAAUUAUUAUUUACAAAAAUUACAAAAAUUACAAGAUUACAAAAAUUUAUCUUUUUUUAUUACGACUCGUGAAGUUUAUAUUAUUGGACUAUCUGAAAUUUCUAUGGAUCUACCUCGAUUCGCCUACUAUCACAGAAAAUCGAUUUUUGGUUCUUCCUUACGUUAUCUGUAUUUUAUAAUUCAUGUGGCCUAAGAGAUAACUUACUCUUUUUCUGUUCAAACAUUUUUACUUAUUCUAACAUAUCGAAAUUUUUAAACUUUUAAAUAAUUUUCAAUAUACUUUAAAACGCUAUCAACAACCAUUUCAUCGAUUAUGAUGUUGCAAAUGAUAUAUGAAAAGCAAGUUCAUUGAUAUGUUACGAUAAAAAUGUUCUAUUUGGUAAAUAUAUACUUAGACUUAUUAGUCAAUGCGUGGAUUUAUGUAAGGUUUUAACAAAAUUAUUAAUUAAGUAUGAAAAUGUCUUCUUGGUAAAUGUAUUCCUACCUUAAAUAAUGCACGUGUAUGAUUAUGAUCUAUUAGUAAAAACUUAAAUUUCAUUGUUUGCGAAUACAUUUACUUAUAAAAUUGAUACAUGCACAAAUCGAUUAGAUGUAUAAAUUUAUUAUAACGAAUAGAUUUAAUUUCUCAUAUCGUGGAAAAUCUUCAUUAUCUCAAUUCGAUCGUUACGUUACUGGUUCUAUUGUUUCUUUUUACAAGUGCUUUAAAGGCCGAACGCUGGUGAAUUUCAAAGAAUGUGGUGGGAUGUGUAUCGAUUUGUAUAUACCAGCGCGUGAUAGAUACGAAUAUAUAAUACUUGUAACACGAGCACGUACAAUGGCCUGAACCGAAUGUAUAAAAUACAUAUUGUACAGUU